UCCCCCCAGCGCUCUGGUGGGUUUCGUCUGCGCCAGGCGGCCACGUCACGCUGGGGGGAGCGUGCUCUUAAAUUCCUGAGCGGCGCUCCAGUUUCCUCAAGUCUGUAGUCGCGGAGUCUCCAUCUCUGGUCUCAAGUGAAGCCGAAGAAAUGAUGUUGAAAAGUAUCUCGGCGCUCUUGCUCUUGGCCGGCGCCUGCGUUCUCGCUGAGCAAGAAGUGAAGAGCAAAUCCAAGAUUUGUGCCAAUGUUUUCUGUGGUGCUGGAAGAGAGUGCACUGUAACAGAGAAAGGGGAGCCCACCUGCCUUUGUAUUGAGCAAUGCAAAAUUCACAAGAGACCAGUCUGUGGCAGCAAUGGGAAGACCUACCGCAACCACUGUGAACUCCAUCGUGAUGCUUGCUUAACUGGCUUGAAGAUCCAGGUCCUCCAUGAUGGACAAUGUGAAGAGAAAAAGUCUGAAAAGGCAGCAGCAAGUCCAAUUGUGUGCUACCUGGCUGAUCGCAAUGAGUUGCGGGCCCGUGUGAUUGAGUGGCUCAAUGCCGAGGUCAUCCCAGAUGGCUGGUUCUCUAAGGGUUCGAACUACAGUGAAAUCUUGCAGAAAUACUUCAAGAAAUAUGACAAUGGAGACUCCCAGUUGGAUUCAAAUGAAUUUCUUAACUUUGUUCAGCACAACCAAACAGCUGUUAACAUUACCUCCUACAUGGAUGAGGAAAACAAUCGACUUCUCAGGAGCCUCUGUGUUGAUGCACUGAUUGAACUCUCUGAUGAAAAUGCUGACUGGAAACUGAGCUUCAAUGAGUUUCUCAAUUGUCUGAAGCCAGGAUUCAACCCCCCAGAGAAAAAGUGUGCACUUGAGGAUGAAACCUAUGAAGAUGGAGCAGAAACCCAGGUGGAGUGCAAUCGUUGUGUCUGUGCUUGUGGAAACUGGGUGUGCACUGCCAUGACUUGUGAUGCAAAGGACAAGAAAGAAGUAUUUGACGAUGAUGCUGAUCUACAUGCACAGGAAAUGACUGAGGAGGAAUGGAACAGACGUGUGGAGGAGCUGAACAAACACCAGGAAACCAUUGAAAAAUCAAAGAAAGUGAACAAUAAGGAAAUCUAGGAAGAUGGAAAACAUCACAGAUUGACCAGCAGCCAUCCACUCUGCUUCAGAAGGAGAGUAGACAAGAAUCUUGGAUCUUGCUGCUCUUUGAACAAAGUUAUAUUUCUGUCCGAUUUUACUUCUUUUUGUUUUAUAAUUAUUCAUAAAUUUAAAUGUAAACCGCAUUCUUUAUACAAAGUUCAAUUGCAUUUUCAGUGUGCAGCCCACUGUGUAAACUGAGCUGUCAAAGGCACAUUGUAAAGCUGUGUUAGGGAAGACAGAUGGUGAGAAGAUACCAUCAUUGUGAGCCGUCUUCAGAAUUUUUAAGCGCUGAGGAAGAUUGUAAUCGGACUAUUAAAGUCAAACUGUAAUCCAUUUUUUAUGUUACCGUAUUUGUUUCUAAGUAUAUAUGGUGUGUUUUACAAUAGGAUAUGGAGUUAAUUAUAUGUCAAACAGAAAAAAAAUGAAAAAGCUGUAUAAAGAAGAGCUCACCUUGUACUUGAACUUGAGUACUUGUGCUCAGCUGAUUUGCAAUUGUACUGUCCAUUUAUUGUGUUUAACGAUACUUGAUGCAUUUGCUUUUAUACACAUUGUUUAAUAUCAAGUAAGAUUUUCAGGUGACAAAGGAAGCAGCAGUCUGCCCCAGAAGCACUGGUCAUUGAAAUUUUUAUUUUUUUGUGCACCAAUCUCACAUACUUCAAAAGAAAUGCUGGGUCCCAGAUCUGCUAUCGAGCAGCUCAUUCUUCUAGCUGAUAAUAUUUUUGUCAUGAUGUUCUUGCACUGUUCUAAAGGGUAUCACUUCCUCUAUUCCUCUAUAGCCAAUUCUGACUAUCUGAUAAGUUUCAGUCCCCUUUUAUAGAAUGAGUUUGGUAAAGGUUUCUGCCUUCCUGGUGAAUGAAAAAGAUGUUUACCUGGAUCCUGGCCUGACAUUCUAUUUAUUUUACCAAAAUGUGCUGAGCCUUUAUUCACUGUUAAAAUAGUGUCCAGUCACACUUUUUGUUAAUGUUUAAAGCCCUAGUCAUGUACACCUAUCCAGAAAUUUUUACAGUUACCCAUUUCUAAACAGUUGAACACUUACUGAGUUGUUCACCCUUACAUGAAAAAUAGAGUUAUAUAGAAGCGGUUCAUGUGUUCGCAUGCAGAUUUAUUGACACAUUUUCAUCAACAUAGUGUAAACAGAUCUCAAGAGAGUGGUGGCACCCUAGAGUAAACCAACAUAAGACUGAGUUACCAAGUCAGAGGCUGAGCAUAGCUUAAGAUAGCGGCAUAUUCAUUUAGGUGAUUCCUGGGAAUUGGGAGAUUUGUCCUAAGCAGGUGCAUUCAAAUGGAGCUGUCCAGAGCAAAUAUUAAGAAAACCUGUUCUAAACUGAACUAACAUUGUCAGCACAGGAGUAAUUUGUAAUGUGAUAUUUUACCCUUCUAUGAGAAGUUCCCACAUUACAAAUAUUCCAUUAUCAUAUAUAUAUAACUGCUUUAUGAGUCUACACAUUGUAUGCAAUUAGUUAUUUUUUAUUUGCGUUGUACCUGCUGCUUAUUUUUGCCAGCGUUAAUAAUCUUUGGCUUUGUAAAAAGUUCAGGAAUAACUGCUGAAGCUUUUCCCUUCAUUUAUUUGCUUGUGCAUUGAUCUCACUCUUCUUCUACACUAUAAAUAUUUGUGUCACUAUAUAGUUAUCAAUAAAUAAGCAAAAUGCAGGAAAGAUGUGAGAGUGAAAAACAUAUUGUCAAAUCACAUUUACACACGUUAAUUUUAUGAUAGACAUUUUUUAAUUUGAUUGUCAUAUAUCUGAUUUUGCUUUUUUUAUUCUAGCUUGGUAAAAUAACAUUGUGUUGGUAGAGAUCCAUGGCUUUCAUUUGCUAGUAACAGGUUAUUGUUAAGACAGUAUUGAAAUUAACAUUUUACCAGUGACUAAUGUCUUUGUAGUUCUUUAGGUCUCUAUUUUGGAAAAAAGACAAGCAAAUAAAAUAAAAUGAGGAAAAUAAUUUUUUACAAACAUACUUUAGACAAGAAGGCAAACAGUCAGACUGUAACUUAAAUGGUGCUCUUGAUAAUUUGUUUUAAAGCUAUCCAAACAGUAUUUAUACCAGAUUUUGGGGUCUCGGAACAUCACAAUGAAUCCUAGGCGAAACAGGUAUAGAAUAGUUGUACACGUUGAACAAUUUCUACAGCAUGUUAGAUAAAAGACUUGUGCAAUGUAAUCUGUGUUGGAUCUUUGUUGUGUUAUAAGUAAAUGCAUAUAGCAGAAUGGAGAUGUUGCUAGUUAUAUUUCAACAAGCUAGAAGAGAAGUUGCAGUCCACUCUGACCUUCCAUGUGUUAUUAGUACUUCUGUAGAAUUUACUGAACAUGAAAAAGUGGAAACCAAAACUUGAGAAGUUAAUCUGUCUGGUGUUAUCACUCCAGGUAUUAAAUUACACUGGACCCAGCAACUAUAAUAUACCUUUUGUUAUAAAGUUAAUAUCGGUUAGUAUUAUCAAUGUCAUCUAUAGGUAUUUAACAGUUUUAGGUUAUUAUUUUUUGCACCAUUUUGUUAACAUAAUUUUAUUGCAGUAUCAGUGCCUUAAAUUGUAACUGUUGACCAAGAAGUUUAAUGUAUUGAAAAAGAAAAGGUCAUUUCAAAUGUUUUAAUGUAAGGCUUGAUGUUGCAGAACAAGAAAUGUUCUCCCAAACCAAAACGCAAAGGUCAUUGGCAGGUAAUUUACCUCCCAUUUACAGUCUUUUAUUUUUGUCAUGUAAAAUUGAUCUAUAAUGUAAUGUACUCUUGUGAAGGUUAUUACAAUUUUGAUUAGUCUUUUUGUUCAUCGGUUGUUUAUUACAUUAUUUGGGGUUUUUUUAGGUUCUUUGGGUAUACAUGCCAAUAAAGUUUCUUAAAAAACUUAUAACAAA